AUGUCCAAGAAAUUGCUCGCAGGUUUGGUCGUCGUGGGCGGCGGCGUGUGGUACUACGACCAGAACAUCCACCCCAUCUUCUCCAAUGACGAGAAGUUGAAGCACCAGGUCACUCAGGCCAAGAAGGAUGCUACUCCAAACGAAGACACCAACAGGGAGCUCCGCAAGCUAGACAACAAGGCGCGUGACUUUGGUUCCCAAUUGAAGCAGACCGCUUCCAAGUCCACUGAGGAUGUCCGCCACAAGGCCGACUCCACCCUCGACUCGGUCAAGGACCUGGACUUGUACAAGAAGUGGUCCAAGAAGUUGGAUCUGUACGGCGACGACGUGAAGCUUGCUUCCGAGGAGAUUGAGAAGAAGCCUGUUGGUCACCGUGUAGCUGCCAAGUACAUUGACUGGGUCAACUCGUUGGGCCAGACUGAGGACGAGAAGUUGAAGGAAUUGGCCAGCUCCAACCCUCGCAGACAGCACGAGAUUCGGGACGAAUUGAACCGCUCCAACCAGACGUGGGGCGAGUGGUGGUCCGGCAAGAAGGACAAGCUCGACGACAAGGCUGAACAGGCCAAGAAGGACGCUGAGCAGAAGAAGGACCUGUGGUUCAACUGGGGCCAGGAGAAGAAGGACGAGGCCCGUGAUAAGGCUGAGCAAGCUAAGAAAGAUGCUGAAAACAAGAAGGACUCCUGGUUGAACUGGGGCCAGGACAAGACGGAUGAGGCUCGCAACAAGGCCGAGCAGGCUAAGAAGGACGCCGAGAACAAGAAAGACUCUUGGUUGAACUGGGGUCUGGACAAGAAGGACGAGGUGGAGAAGGACGCUAAGGACGCCAAAAAGGACCUCAACCUGACCUGGGACAAGCAGAGCAAGGAGUGGUCUGAGAGCCUCGAAGCUGGAAAGCAGAGAGCCUUGGACGAGUACUACCGUGCUAAGAAGAACGUCGAAGACUUGACCAAGAAGGCCAGCGAGAAGACCUCCAGCGCCCUCGGUAACGACAACAAGAGCCCUGAGGUGAACCCUGACGACCGUUACUUGACCAAGGCCAAGGACGACCUCCAGAACGCUUUCAACAACUUGAGCAAGUACGGUGGUGACUUGGUCGACCAGGCCGACAAGGCCAUCCGUGGCGGCAAAUAA